AUGGAUCAAGCAUCCCUUAUCCCAAGCAAUAAAAGGAGUCCGGUUCCAAGUAUCAUAUAUGUGUGUACAAAGAUAUUCCCAAUACUUACGUUCUUGAAUUUAGUAUUUUUGAACCCAAUUGUUCAGAUUAUUGUUUUCAUUUUAGUUUCUUUAGCAGAUUUUUGGUUAACAAAGAAUGUUUGUGGUAUGCAACUUAUUGGGUUACGCUGGUACUUUGAAUUUCAAGCAAAUGGGAAGUUAGCUUUAAAUUUUUAUUCAAAACCAGAUCCAUUUGUUCCAACCGAGCAAGAUUCUAAUACAUUUUGGAUGCUAUUUAUAACAGAAAUUAUUGCAUGGGCUGUAAUAGCAGUAGUUGAGCUAUUUCUCCGCAGUUUAUUACUAUUCUUAAAUUCUACAAUAAUAAUGCUAAUCCAACUCUUCAAUUUCCUUCUAUACGUUAAAGUGCAUAAAUUAGCAAAAGAAGCUAUGGAAAGAGAAGUUUUACAUCAAAUACAAGGGGAAGCUGUUAGUUUUCCUAUGGCAAAAUCUGAUUACUCAGAAGAAGAAACAGUUGAUGAACCAGUUGAUCCUGAUAUAUUGAAUAAAAUCCAAAUCAGUGACUCGGAAUCAAAUGAUCAACCAGAUACAAACCAAAAUCCUGAUCAAGAUAAUCAGCCAAGUGUUUAA